AUGGUCAGCAGCUUUCACUUGAUUCUGGGUCUUGUUCUUUCGUUGCAGGGAACAGCACAAGGCCAACGCAGGUUUUCUCCCACCGACGACAAUGAAUUCUGCAUCGACAAGGACCUGGUUGGAUUCUGGAAGCUGAUUGGCCUGCAGAAUCAGACGGCGCAGUCAUGGAACGGGGAGGAGGAGAUGGUCACGCUCAGAGCCGAUGGUCAGGUCGCUGGGGGGCCGCGAUUGUCGGGGGAGUACGACAAUCUCAAUGUAUCGUGGGCAAGUGAUCAGCGCGUUUCUGGAGGGCAAUGGAGAUGCAAACAAGACGUUUAUGGACGGAAAGUCGUCGAGAUUGUGAUGUUCCUUCCCCCAAAGAAUAAGGAGGAUAGAUUGAGGUUCCGCGAUGGGAGGCCUGCUCUCCUGCUGUUGGGGUCGAUCCUGCAGCUCUUCCCUCAAGACACGGACUCAUCGAGCAGCGAAGGGCUGCGCAUCAUUGGCAAUGCAUCAAUAGGAAUGUACGGUGAAACAAGUGACUGGACUCCCUUGUCAAAGUUCUCGAUGGCGAAGAAGAACACGGAGGGAUUGAAGCUGAUCCCGACUGUGAAGCCUUUUUCCCAGUCGUUCAACACCCCAGUUAGCGAUGAAGAAGAGAUCUUGAAGCAACUGGAGAGAGAGAAGGAUCACGAUCCAGCUGGUCUGCACAAGAAAGCAGCACAAGAGUCUGAAGAACAAUUUUCACAAGCAAAAUACGAUCGGGAUGCGCUCUACGAUCAGCUGGAAGAUUUGAGUCAGGAAGCGACUGGAAGCGAGCAUGCAGUAGACGGAAGGGAUGGCAAUGAUCUCGCGGAGGAGAUUCAAGCUGAACUGAACCUUCGAGCAGCAGUGGAGAAGGAAAAACAAGAAAUACGAAAGCUAUUAGACAUGGACGACGAUGAUGGUCAGAUCCGCAAGUAA